AUGAUUGAAGUUGAUUGCAAUGACCAUCUGGGAAAGAAGGUUCAUGUUACAUGCAAUAUUGAUGACACCACUGGGGACCUUAAAAAGCUGAUCACAGCCCAAACUGGCACCCAUUGGAACAAGACUGGUUUGAAGAAGUGGUACACGAUUUUUAAGGACCAGGUUUCUCUGGGGGACUAUGAAAUCCAUGAUGGAUGA